AUGGAAUGGCCACGAAUGAUCCUCAUUGGUGUCUUGAUGAAAUCUAUACACCGACUAUUCGGCGCACUGAAUCCGAGAACAAGUAUGGACAAUACUGCAUUUCUGGAGCUAUGCCCAGGUAGAUGUAAGGACGGUCCCAAUCUUGCAUCUCGUGCCGGUUUCUGGACCUACAUCGCGUGUGGACCUGCUGGAGUCCUAAACCUCCAUCCCGGUUUACAGCUACGCUGGCCGGGAUACGCCGAAGGCAUUUUCAUGGGGCUACGGCAUUCCUGGAUCUACGCCCAGGUUGAUGGUGAAUUUUGGUCAUCACCGGGUCGUGGAUUCACGAAUGACGCUUUCUGCAUCUCGUGCCGGACUCUGGACUUACAGAAGUCCUGCACCAGAAGCCCACGACUUCUGGAUCCAUAUCCCGAUUUAAAUCUCCACACUGGCCAGGAGACCCCGAAACAUCUGCGCGGAGCUGUGGCAUUUCUGGAUCUAUGCCCAGGAGACCCCGAAACAUCUGCGCCAGGCUACGGCAUUUCUGGAUCUAUGCCCAGGUUGAUGCUGAAUUUGGUCGUCACCGAGCGUUUGCCGCGGUGCCAGCAUAUUGUUGCUAACGGUGUUGUGCGCUGUCGUCUUCAGGUCUGGGUAAAUUUCCAUUCCACAAAAUUCCAUUCUGCUUCGACCAUACCGGGUUGUGGCACUUCUGGUUCGAUCUACGCCCAGGUUGAUAUUGGGGAAUAA